AGUUUCUUAGGUUCGCAUAACCACAACUCCCCCAACGAAUAGUACAUGACGUAAUAACCAUGUAGAAACCAUGAGAGCAGGGUGCCGCUAUUAUGGAAGGGUUUAUCUGCCCCGAGUGCAAGGAGUCAUUUCAGACAGCAGGACUUCUCGAGGGGCACUUUAGCACCCACUUUGAAGGUCCUUCCAUCAAAUCAAUCUUCAGCAAAGCUAAAGACUACACACUAAGCUGGAUAGUAAAUGAGGAGGAAGGAACACCAUCAGUAGGUCCCGGAUCUAGUGGCUCUGGUUCUUCUACCCCCAACUUUACACAUGAACACAGGCAGCCAUACAAUGAGGAGCAGUUCAUCGGAAGAUUUACCAACCUGACGAAGGUAUUCAAAGCAGUCAGACCAAAACGUAUCAGUCACUCUCAAAAGGAAGCGAAUAAGCUUCAUCUCCGUCUGGACAAGCUGGUCUGUGCUUUACUCACUGAGAUUAGGGCGGGGAAAAAGAAUUUGAAAGAGGUAGAGAAGAGUGUGAUACCGUGGAAUGAUGACAGUGAUGUGUGUGUAAGCUGCGGAGAGAUAUUGAGUGUCUUACAGCUGGCUAGAAAACAUCACUGUAGACUUUGUACUGGAAUUCUCUGUUCUAAUUGUAGUCGGUUUGUGCCGCUACAAGAAGCGGUAGAAGCGGUAGAGAGACCGGAGCCGGAGUGGUUGGAGGGGUUCGUGCACGAUCUAAGGCUCUGUGACAAGUGUCAGAACGUAAUUAUCAGUGCUAAGGAGGAGAUAAAAACCAAGAACUCCGAUCACACAAUGGAGGAGAAUUACAGGAAACUGUUGGAGGCAAGAGAAAAGUGCAACAGUCUGGUUGAUGUUUAUACCCGUAUAUCUUAUUCGCUGAGGAAUGGAGACGCUACCUAUACCCUUGAUGAAGGAAACGUUAAAAGAGUCGAGCUUAUCAAGCAGUUUAAAAUUGUGGACACUUUUAGUGAGCGUAUAGCGGGAAUAAGAACAAGCUCUCCAACACAACUAAAAGUACAAACCAAUGUAAGAACUGCUACAAGAUCAUAUCUACAAGAUAACCUGCCAACUACUGCUCCUCUUCCUGAACUAAAGGAGAUCAGUGAGAUACAGAAACGGCGAUUAGAAGAUAGCAGAGCCGCGAUACAAGUUCAAAAACAAGAGGCUCUCAGAACUCAAAAUCCAUCACCUCCGACGGAAAAUGUCGUAUCCCCGUUUACUGUCGUAGAACCCCAACCCAGAGACGGCUGGAGCACCAAGUCCAAGAGAACAGAGAUAUCACGUGACAUUGCUCGCGAAAAGGCGCGCGAGAAAGUGCGGGAAGGAGAGGGAGGAGCGGGGUGGACCGGGGAGGCGGUGCAGCCUAAAACACGGGCCACCCUCUGUUGGAGCAGAAGGAGAUACUGAGAGGGUAUCUGAGGCAGGCUCAGCGUGAUAAUCGACAAGAAGAGAUAGAUACCUUAAAACAGAACCUUCACAUGAUCCUGGAUGAGAUCAGAUUACUGGGUUUGGAGGACACGUGAUAUACAAAUCAGAAGGUACCCCCUACAAGUCACAUGGUCAAGUCACGUGGUCAAGUAUCGUGGUCAAGUCACGUGGUCAAGUCACGUGGUCAAGUCACGUGGUCAAGUCACGUAGUCAAGUCACGUGGUCAAGUCACGUGGUCAAGUCACGUGGUCAAGUCACGUGGUCAAGUCACGUGGUCAAGUCACGUGGUCAAGUCACUUGGUCAAGUCACGUGGUCAAGUCACGUGGUCAAGUCGCGUGGUCAAGUCACGUGGUCAAGUCACUUGGUCAAUUUGCAAGUAUAACUAUUUCAUAAUUCAAAUGGCGAGGGCAUGAACAUGACGAAAAAUACUCUAAUUUUGAUCCAAGAUAUUUAAUUAAUUCUGAUUAAGAUUGAUUAUGGAUUACUAUUGAGACAAUUUUAUAUGAUUUGCAGCUUGUUUAAUUUCAAAUGACAUGUUCAUGUAAACUACAACUGAAAUUUUAAAGAUAAGUAAAGUAAGUAAUGCUAAAAAUGUAUAACUUUAACUUGUCCUUAAAAUUUGUGUGAUGACCAGACAUGGUUCCAUUAUGGAAAUAUGCAAAGGACGCACGGUCAAAUACCUACGUAAUAUAAUUAUAGUUUGCCAGUCUACCGCUAAUACUAAUUUAUGCUAAUAUACUAAAUCAGCUAGCCUUAUCGAAUGCUAGGAAUAGUACGGUUAUUUUCGGAACUGUUUUUAGUUUUUAGUUAUGAUGCUAAGUGUAAAUUAUACGCUCUGACGACGUAAGUUCAGAUCAAAUUGACCCAGUAAUAAUGGUGAUAUGUUAAAGCUUUAAAGAGUAAGCUGUUUGUCUGACUUUUGAACAAUUGAUUAUUUGAUAAUGA